CCCAUACGCCCAUCCUAUUGUGAUGCGACUCUUUGCCCCCCAAAAAAAGCCAGCCAUGUGCCAGCUUACCUUAAGUACAUGGUAACAUACCCUCACAAUCCAUAUCCGUAUCUGGAAGCCAUCCUGCCUAAGCCUUGUAAGACUUCGUGGCCCCCUGCAGUGGGUCGGGUACCGUCACCCUCCAACAAGGAGUUAUCAGCGGCUAAGUGCAUGGAGGAAACUACUGGUACAAGCACAUGAAUGGAGAGACAACAAAUUAUACACUAACGUGACUGUCUUCCGACAGUUGGUCAAACGCGCGGAUGGAGC